AUGGAUGCUGCCUCGGAUGCAAAUGAGGCAACAGCUGCCAUUUUGACCCAGGGCGAGGACGUCCCCGAGGCUCUUUCCUCUUUCGUCCCUACCUCUACCACGCAGGCCGACGACGGUUUCAUCAACAUCCUAGACCUCGCCGUCAACCAGACGAAGACACAUCACACCAGAAGCGAUUUAUUCUCUUUUACUAUCCACGCGGUAAACGCCUGCCUUUACCCUCUUACUCAUUUCAUUUCAUUCGUUAUCCUUGUAUUCAAUUUUCCUUGGACUCUCACCCUGAAGCGCGAAUCCGCCGUCGACCGCGUCUUGAGAGAAGCCGACAUGGCUCACCAGGGCCUCUACGACUCGCCGAAGCGAUCCUUUUUCCCGUCGACCGGCAGAGAGCACCUCCUCCGCCUAGUCAACGUCUCUGGAUCCACGCAAACCCCUGUCCCCAAGAAGCUCACCGAAAACGACAAGAAAUGCCUUCGCCAGCUAGACUACAUACUCUGGCAAGAUGAACUUCCCCCGCACUUCGACCGCGCCCGGCGUUACGAUUGCAUGCCCGGCGACCCCGUCGAUCGGCUCUUCGCGGCCCUCCCCAGCGUUGCCGAUGACGACGGCGGUUUUAAGGAGCCCGACGCUGCGGCCCAACACGAUCGCCGCUUCGUCCUCGCCCUUUGGCCCUACGCCAAUUCCUCCCUCGAGGACAUACUCGACAACACGAAGGACCCCAACGCCCACAAUUACUGGUGGGCCGCCCGCUUCGCCUUCUCCGUGUGGGAGCGCUCCGACCUGUCCAUCCGCUGCGCCUUCACCCAGCUACUUGGUCAGCUCGCCGCCGCCCACAUCGUGCCAAUCGAUAAGGAUUGCAUCGAAGUCGUCCCUGGCCACAAGUGCAGUGUCAGCAACGAGAGUGAGCCCUGCCCAGGUGAGGCGUACGUCAAGCGGAAUGACUGGCUCAAGUAUGUCCGCUGGAUCCACCGCGGCAGACGGGACGCGGACGCUGUCCUCGAGACCCGGAAAAUCCUGGCGCGAGCCAGUGAGAUGAAAGAGGCCCUCCGAAGCAAUAAGUGUGCUAGGUGUGACGUGGAACGCGGCGGCCCCGGCGCUCCGCCGAAGAACAGCAUGUUCUACUGCUCGGGCUGCUACGUCAGCUGGUACCCGGGCAUUCGCCGCGUGUACUGCUCCAAAGAGUGCCAGAAGGAGGAUUGGGCCAACCACUUCCCCGACUGCCAGCGACGCAAGCACUUCCUCCGAGCCGUCUACCUGUUCAAGGGCGUCGCGGCCAAGUUCAUGGCCGCCACGUACUCGGGCUUCGCCGUUGACUGUGUUGGUGUCGAGCUCCGCGGCGCGGAGAAGAAGGAAAAGUUCGACCGCAGCGGCGUUCCACGCACCGCCGUGUCUCUAGGAGCGUACGGUGCCGGUCACUGGACCGGGCAACAGGUCUUCCCCCUUGGCCAGUCGUUCUUAUCGCACAGGCCGACCGCCGAUGUUCGCAAGGUGUUGGCCUGGGACGCUGGCAACAACCUCUACUACCACCUGCAGCCCAUCAUUGAGAAGAUUCUCGGCCCACAUUGCGAUACGAUCGUCGAGAUGGAGUUCUUCAUCCGCAACGCAACGAGUAUCUCGGCCCUCGCGAGCGAUACCUGUCGCGAGGGGCUCCAGAUCCAAAUUGCAAAGGGAAAGGACCCCAUGUUCUGGCCUCACCCGGUGCUCACCUGUCGUCUCAAAGGCUCCAGCUCCAGACCCGGCGACGUCUUCGUCAUUGACUUGCUUAGCGAAAAGUUCGGAUUCGCCGACGUUGUCCUGCCCUUCACCGCCUUCAUAGAAUCGAGAUACGUGAGCUGCGCCUCGUCGACAAUCAUACAGAACAUGGAGCCUCAUUGGUACCCGCCCUACCAGAAGGGCCUCGUCACUUGCCGUGACACGGUGUCAAGCGCCUGGGCGGAUUGCAUCAAUAAGUACUUUGCCAACUUCUGCCCAAAUCUCAAGGGCCCGUGGCAGGUGGCGUGCCUCAAAGAGGACAAGUGGAGCGAGAAAGCCCGCGGAAUCAUGGCCGUCUCAGACAUCAUCUUCAAGGACAUCACCGACUGCAUCCGCCAACAGGAUAUCUACCGCCAGUACCUCGUCCACGACCCAAACCCGUACUCCCACGAGUUCAGCAUCGGUGUGACCAGCAGCCAGGAGGAGUGUGACCUCUAUAAGAACAUCUGGAUGAAGCGCUCCACCUACGACAUCAUCAUCAAAGAUGACCUCGUCGAGCAGCACAAGAAGCUCCCCCCCGGCUCCGAAGCGCGUCGCCUGACGGCUCUCUGGACUGACCGACUUUCCAAACACGGCAAACGGGCCUCCUUUGACUCGGUCGCGCUUCUCGGCCGGCGGGUGGCGAAGCACUAUGGCAUCUGCACAGAUCACACAGCGGACGAGUACCGUGAGCUGGAGAAGGCGUGGCUAUUGUACAGCGGCAUACCCGAGGCGGACAUCGACAUGUUUUACGAUAGGUGCGUGGAGAUGUUUGGCGACCUUACGAAGAUGGACCCAACGACGCCGGGCUCCAUGACACCCGAGAUGUUCCAAACCAUGAUGAGGCCAGAGGCCGCGCUCGACGGCAUGAAGCACAUGACGGCGGAGGAGAAGAAGACCUUCAUGGCGAUUGGAGCAUACGUCAAUAUGCCCUUCGACAGCGACUUUAUGAUGAGAAUUCAGGCGCAAGCUGCUAAAGUCCUACGACAGAAGAAGAUGUGA